AUGGAGUCCAUCAAGAACGCCGCCAACAAGGUCCAGGAGUCCGUGGCCGGCCUGGCCAACAAGGCGGGCGAGUCUGCCCAGCAGACCAAGGACCGCGCCGCCGAGGCCGCCCACGAGACGCAGCACCGCGCCGGCGAGACGCUGGAGCAGGCCAAGCACAACGCGCAGCACACCGCUGACCGCGCCGGCAACCAGCACGAGUCCGCCACCAACAAGGCGUCCCAUGCCCUUGACAACGCCAGCAACCAGGCCUCCGCUACGGCUGACAAGGCUAAGCACAACGUGCAGGGCGUUAUCGACAACGUGCGCAAGCAGUAG